GUGAGCUGACGGAAAAGUUGGGGAGAGGGAGAGAGAGAGAGAGAGAGAGAGAGAGAGAGAGAGAGAGAGAGAGAUGGCGGAUGACACGUACGAGUCGAUUCUGUGCGUUAAACCGGAGGUUCACGUCUACCGGAUUCCCCCGCGCGCCUCUAAUCGGGGAUACCGCGCUGCUGACUGGAAGCUGGACGAGCCGGCAUGGACGGGCCGCAUGAAGAUCACGGCAAAGGCCAAAACAGCAUACAUCAAACUGGAGGACAGGAACACAGGUGAGCUGUUUGCGCAGGCUCCAGUAGAUCAGUACCCCGGGGCAUCAAUAGAAGCAGUCACAGAUUCCAGUCGCUAUUUUGUGAUCAAGAUUGAAGAUGGGAACGGGAGGCAUGCGUUUAUUGGGCUCGGCUUUGCGGACCGUGGAGACUCGUUUGACUUUAACGUGGCACUGCAGGAUCAUUUCAAGUGGGUGAAACAGGAAGGGGAACUGGCUCAGCAGGAAGCCAAUCAGAGCACAGCUCCUAAACUGGACCUCGGAUUUAAAGAGGGACAGACCAUCAAGAUCAGCAUCGGGAACAUAAAGAAGAAGGACCCAGCAGGUGUUAAAUCUCGUCCCAUUGGUGCUGGGGGUCUGCUCCCACCUCCUCCUGGUGGGAAAAGUGGUGGAGUCAUGUCUCCUCCUCCUGACUCUGCCCACCAGACCACUGCACCCACUGCACCCACUCAACAGAGUACAGGGUUGUUGCUGGAUUUGGGAGCGCAGGCUCCUCAGACUCAGCCAUCUCAGGAUCUGUGGGGGGAUUUCACUGCUGCUGGAUCAGGCACGACUCAGGAAGCUGUUAAACCAGGAUGGGUGCAGUUUUGAUUGUGUGAUGGGCAUGUACAUGUGUGUUUGUGUGGGGGCAGGAAGACACACACUCUCUCUCUCACACACACACACACACACACACACACACACACACACACACAAGGAAGAACACACCCAGUUUGCCCUCAAAAAGGAAGAUGAAAAGCAGAAUUGAAAACACUGAACGAAAUCUGAGACGUCUCUCACUCUCUUUUUACACACAGACACACACACACACACACACACAGGACACACUCAACACACUCGAGAUGAGUUGUGUCACAUGCAGAAAUGUGUAUGUUUUGAGCUCACUGAGAUCAGAGCCUGGAUUCACAUUCCACUUUUUUAUUUUAUUUUGAAGUGUUUGUUUGUUUGUUGUUUGGCAGGCAGUGGGAUCUGCUUUUAUCUUUCACUCUUUUCCUUCAUUAAUCAUGUCGUUUACUUUUUCACAUUUUACUCGGAGCGAUUAGUUUUACAAGCGAGGCGAUGUGAAGGGUCCUCAUGACCUUCAGGUGACCUUUGUCUCGUGGUGUUUUACAUGUUGCUGUUCUCCUCCCCCCCACGUGUGUCUGCAGAAUGUUUUUGGUUUAAUAAACUCUCUGAUCUGAAUCUUUUAUUUUGGACCCAUGAAGGAAGCAGUGAAAUGUUUUCUGGAAUCUUUCCCACACAGUGGAGUCGAUCAGGACAUGCUUUCACUCCGGGAUGUUUUAGCGUGAUGCUAAAUUGGAGGCUAUAGAUGCUAAUUUCAUGCUAGCUAUGUUAGCCUCACAACACAACGCCGCUGGGGUGAAGCUCAAACCGGCUUUAUAGUGUUACUUUCCUUCUAAAAUAAAAACAAUACACACAUUUUAUAAUGCUCUUCUGGAAUAGUUUUCUCUACUAUAGCGUUUAAUCUCCUCCCAAGUGCCUUGAACACGUGUAUAAAAUGUAAAGCUACACUUGUAUUUGUAAAUAAAAUCUUUUUCUGUCA